AUGUUUGGAGAAGAGUUGGAAGGAAAGAUAUUUACGUACGAUUCAAAAAAUAAUUUGGUUGCAUAUUCCAAUCGAGUCGAAAGUAAUACCAAAGUUGUAUAUAUUGGUGGCCUAACAUCUCGCUUCCCGAUUUGUCUUCCCACAAUUAUGUUAAAUCAGUAUUGUAUUGAGAAUGGCUAUGAAUUUAUAAUUCCACAGCUAAGAUCCCAUCCCGAGUACGGACUCUUUACAAUAGAUGAUGACAUAGAAGAUUUGGGAUGCUUGCUGUCUCAGACGAACGGAGAUGUGAUUUUGGUUGGAAACUCGACAGGAUGUCAAGACAUUGUUUAUUAUUUAAAUAAUACAAAAGAUAGAAAGAUUAAGCUUGCUGUGCUUUUAGGGGCUGUAAGUGAUGUCGAGUUUGAGGAACAUGAAAACAAAAACCUUCCAGAUCUGUUGAGAUGGGCAAAGGAAACAAUUGAGAGGAAAAAGGAGGACGUAGCAAUCAAGCAUCAAAGUGGUUUAUACCUAACACCAAAAAGAAUUUUGGACAUCUUUUCUAGAUAUGGGAAGGAAGACAUGUUUUCUAGCUAUCUGGAGGAUAAGUUUUAUAUGGAGUUAAACAAGGGAGGCACAAGACUUCUUUUUGUGGUAUCUGGAAAGGACGAGUAUUCUGUAAGAAACAUUGAAUCUAAACUGAAAUUGGUGAGAAAUUCGAGAGUUGAGAAGAUACCGGAAGGGACACAUGUUCUGUCACGUGUUGAAGAUGUUGAAAUGUUUUUAAGGUUCUUUUCCGAAGAGAUCAAAGAGAUAAUAAAAUAG